AUGGAAACAAAGAUUCAGAGCUCUAGCUCUAUUGCUAUUGUCGGCGGCGGCCCAGUUGGACUGUACACAGCCUUGAUUUUGGGUCAAGCUGGUAUCGAAGUAUUUGUUUUUGAACGCAGCACGGGUAUUCUCCGGUAUCCGAAGGCAGCUGGCUACUUUCCGGUCGUUUUGGAUGACUUCAAGCAAACUGGGAUUUAUGAUGAUGUCUAUGAUGCUGGCCUGAAAAGUACUGGAUUGAGUUGGCGGAAGCCUAGAGGUGAUCUCCUUGCACGCAUUGAAUUUCCGCCACCGACAGUUGGCAUUCAAUUGGAACAAUAUGACUUUGCUGAAAUCUUGUUGAAGCACUUGUCCAAAUGUCCUAAUGUUACUGUCGUUUUUGGAGCGACGGUCAUCCACAUUGAAAACUCUCCAGAUCUGGUAAUUACUACGUUCAAACGUGCACAUGAUGAAGGCUUGUAUAAACAUGAGUCCAAAUACAUGGUCGGUGCGGACGGGGAAGAAGUACGCUCCCAUCAUAUGGCACCCUUUGAAGCAGCCAAUUUUAUCGUGGAUCCUGAGCUAUGGGGAGUUGUGAUCAAGUUAGAUAACGAUAACUGGCGGAUUACUUUCCCAGCUCGAAAUGUCGGAGGUAUAUUCGAGGAUUGGACCGAAGAGAAAAUGAUUCAACGAGCAAAAGAGAUCUUUCGUAAGCUUCUGAAAGGUCCCUUGGAGGAACUGAGGAUUACAGCAAUUGCUUCCUACAAGAUGCACCAGCUCUGUGCUACGAGAUUCGUGGAAGGGAAUGUCAUUCUUGCUGGGGACGCAGCACAUCUCACGAACCCCAUGGGUGGUUUAGGACUUACCACUGGAUUGCUUGACGCUGCGCUUCUAGGACGGAUCUUGAGGAGGGUACUUCUUCAAGGCCAGUCAAGUUCACAGUUACACAAUUACGCGGAGGAACGUCGCUCAGCAUUCCUAACACACACCAGCCCUAUGGCCAUUGCCAAUCUUGAGAGGUUAAUGGGCAGUAAUGAAGGUGCUGUGAAAGACAGAGACGAGCUAUUUGAACAGUUAAAUAUUGGGGAUACGGAUUGUAUUCGGAGGUUUGGCGAAGCCCAAUUGAAGUUAUCAUCUACGCUAGGAGUUCCUCUCUAG